AUGGAGCAGUUUGUCCGGAAGCGUUUGACCUUCCUGACAUCCUUCUGGAACAAGCUCCGUCCCCGCUCCAUGCCGGAGAGCUGCUCGCUGGGGUAUCUUGGUUCCGAUUCUGUUUCGCUGCACUCGGAGCCGAACUCCAUUUCCUUCAUCCCCAAGUCCUCUCUCUUUAUCGCUUUAUACGCUUUCACAGCCCGGAGCGCGGAGGAACUGAGCGUAAGCGCAGGGGACAAACUGCGUGUCCUCAGAGAAGAAGGAGAGUAUGUCUUAGCCCGGCGGCUGCUGGGGGAGCCGGCCAUGGGGUACGUUCCUGCUGCGUACGUGGCCAACCUCAGCCAGGGCACCUCCGCUCACCGGCCCUGGUACUUCAGCAAGAUCAGCCGAAACGAAGCUGAGCAGCUCCUCCUCUCGCCUCCCAACCAGCACGGCUCCUUCCUCGUCCGGGACAGUGAGAGCAGCAAGGGCGAAUACUCUCUCUCAGUGCGCAACCACGUGAAGGUCAGCCACUUCCGAAUCUGCAAGAGCCCUGGGGGCAGCCUCUACAUACAGAAGGGGCAUCCCUUCCCCGACAUGGAGGAGCUCCUCGCCUUCUACACCGAGCACUGGAAGGUCAUCCAGAGCCCCUUGCUGCAGCCCUGCAGCCCCGCGACCCCCCCUGAGAGGGACGGCUGGGAGCGCCCGCGCUGGGAGUUCACCCUGCGGAGGAAGCUGGGCGAGGGCUACUUCGGAGAGGUGUGGGAAGGACUGUGGAGGAACACGGUGCCGGUGGCCAUCAAGAUCAUAAAAGCCGACAUGAAGGCAGAAGACUUCACCAAGGAGAUUCAGAACCUGAAGCGCCUGAGGCAUGAGAAGCUGAUCCAGCUGCACGCCGUCUGCUCGCUGGAUGAGCCUGUGUACAUCAUCACUGAGCUCAUGCGGAAAGGCAACCUCCACAGCUACCUCAACAGUCCUGAAGGGAAGUCCCUGGGCACCUCCCACCUGCUUAACAUCGCCUGCCAAGUGGCGGAUGGGAUGAGGUACCUGGAGGAGAAGCACAUUGUCCACCGGGACCUGGCAGCCAGAAACAUCCUGGUGGGAGAGGAACUCACCUGCAAAAUCGCCGAUUUUGGACUUGCCCGGCUCCUCAAGGAUGACAUUUAUUCCACCAGCAGCAGCACUAAAAUCCCGGUGAAGUGGACAGCCCCGGAGGCAGCCAAUUACCGCACCUACUCCCUCAAGUCCGAUGUCUGGUCCUACGGGAUUCUGCUCUACGAAGUCUUCACGUAUGGACAGAUCCCGUAUGAAGGAAUGACAAACCAAGAAACCGUACGGCAAAUCACCAGGGGCUACCGCCUUCCCCGGCCCAGCUCCUGCCCUCCCGAGGUCUACAGCAUCAUGCUGGAGUGCUGGAGCGGCAACACGGAGGAGCGUCCUACCUUCCUGGCCCUGCGGGAGAAGCUGGGCUUCAUCUACAGACGGCUGCUCAGCUCCCUCUCCUGAGGGACCCCUUCCCACCAUCCUUCCUGCACAAGCCCCUCC